GGAUUUCACUAUCAAAUAUAGUAUACGCUGAUCGAUCUCCAUAGAUUGAUAUCUGAUCACAGGAUUUAUUCAAUUAUAAACGCCGCCUUUGAAAUCAAGCGUCUCUUUGUGAGACCGCCCCCUUUCCUUUCUCCUCGGGAGCGCGUUAUUGGAAAGAGAGGCGCCGUGCCCGCGCUUUACGUCUCUGGUUCGUGUACUGACAGCCAGCUGUGCGAUUAGAACGACAACAAUCUCUGGGUUUUGAUCAAUCCAGCCGUCAAACUCGACCCGUAUUGUUUGGGAAGAACACGUUUACUUACUUAUUUUUUUUAUCGUCUAAUUUAUCCAGCAUUCCUCAAACAUGAAUCCGUCGUGUGGCAGAUGUGGCACAAUCGUGUACCCGACGGAAAAAGUGAAUUGUCUGGACAAGUACUGGCACAAAGGAUGCUUCAGCUGCGAGAUCUGCAAAAUGACUCUAAACAUGAAGAAUUACAAAGGCUUUGAAAAGAGACCAUACUGCAAUGCACACUACCCCAAGACAAACUUUACCUGCGUGGCCGACACUCCUGAGAACCUUCGCCUCAAACAGCAGAGCAAGAUGCAGAGCCAGGUGCAGUACAAGGAGGAGUUUGAGAAGAACAAAGGGAAAGGUUUCAGUGCUGUGGCCGACACGCCAGAGAUGCAGAGAAUCAAGAAAACACAGGACCAUAUCAGCAACAUUAAGUACCAUGAGGAGUUUGAGAAGAACAGGAUGGGAGGAGAAAUCCCAUCUCCCCAGCCCAACAGCCCCAAUCCAGUGUUCCAGCAGCAGCUGCCCCACCAGCCCCCUGCUGCAUCUAAGAACUACAACUAUGAGCCGGCUGCGGCUCCUGGACCAGUCCGCCAGGCGGCCGCCGCCCCCCCUCCCAGCUCCGGGAAGCGGUACCAGGCAGUGUAUGACUAUGCUGCAGCCGACGAGGACGAGGUGGGCUUCCUGGAGGGAGACGUGAUCGUAGACGCGCAGGUGAUCGACGAGGGCUGGAUGUACGGCCGUGUGGAGCGCACUGGCCAGCAGGGCAUGCUGCCUGCUAACUAUGUAGAGGCCAUCUGAUCUGAGAAAGAGGGAGUUGGGGGGCGGGGGGUGAGAGAAGCAAGUGAAAAGCCCAGUGCCAUCUCAUCUUAAUGCCGCUUUCUAUUUCUUUCACUCAUUCUCUGAUCUGUCCUGUAAGACCCCCUCUUCCUCCCCAAUCUCCCCUUUCAACCUCCCCCGGUAUACCCCUGGUCUGCUUUCCUCCAACGACAGACUCCCUCCCUCUGUCUGAAUGUCUGUCUGUCUGUCUGUCUGCCUGUCUGUCUGCCUUGUCCGUCUCUGUCUGUGCUGUCGUCUGUCUGCCGGUCUCUGUCCCAAUUCUUCGGUCCACUAAAAGCGCUGUCCCAAGUGGAAUUUAAGUCUUACAGAAGUAUCAUACCUCCAUCUUACAGGCUAUACACACACGUCAGGGGUCAUACAGUGUAUGACCACUAUCCUAGCUACAGCACUUCAUAUUCCAGCAAACUUAUGAUGCAAAAACGAUAUGAACCCUUCCCCCCACCUCGUCAAUCAAGUUGCCAUGACAGCAGAGAACUGAGGCCAAUGUGGUCACGAGAAUGUGGGUGUGGCAUCUUCAGAAGGUUUUGUUCUUUUCUUUCUUUUUUUUCUUCCAUUUUUGAAACUGUCUGAAAUUGGCCUGACUGGAAGCUCAGUGAAGAAUAUUACUGUAUCUGGGCAGUUAGAACUAAGCUUGAAUAUUUGACUUGUGUACAUUCCAUUAACCUAUCAAUGCCCCAUUGUUGUCGCAUCAGCCAGUCAGUGAGCAGUAUCAGUCUUACCAGAGAGGUCUUAUAUAUUUCUAUUACCACACGUGCGCAUUUAUCAAUAUUACUUAUCUGUUCCCUCACCUGUCUUACCCUGUCCUGCACUGCAUUGUGGGUAUUGUUCUGAAACUAAACUGGAAUCCUAUCUUAACUGAAGAACACCUCCUGCCCAUGCCUUGUACCUCAAGUUCAGGCAUUUGAAGUACAGGAGGGAUCAGGGACGAGUUAGUUAGGGGACGUGGUUACAAUCAUCUUACAAUCAUGUCAUCACCUCAGUCAGUGAGUGUGAAGAUAUUCCUCAUUCUUGCUGUCUCCCGCCCGCAGCCUCAAAUGCCUUCCGACAGUCUUACAGAAAGAUGAGUGACGUGAUGGUGGUUAUGGUUGGAGUGGGGGGGGUUUGGGGAGGAGAGAGGGGGCGGGGAUCAGGCCCUGCCCCCUAUUCCAAGAUGACCAACAUCCGAGUUGAUCGAUCGUAAGCGCGAAGGUCAAACACAAAUCUCAAAACAAUUCUGUAUUGUCCAUUUUUUUUCUCUCAUUUGUUUUGGUUGUUUAACGUUCCAAUCCUCAUGAGAAGUGUUGAACUGAGGUCAGAAAUCCAGGCUGUGGUAAAUGUUAUUGUUUCUACGUCAUAUCAUGCUGUUUUUAUUUUCCUUUUUUUUGGUAUUGUAGGAGGCUUAUUAUAAAAAUGUCAAUGUAUCAAAUACAUUUCAGAAAUAAAACGGCAACUCGAUUUAUGAACCAAUAAGGCACGCUAGUUUGUCUAGACGUGUGCAUAUGCUGAGUUAGCAAUCCCACAGAUUUAGAUCCGUGGGGUAAAUCAAGCAUCAACCUCCUGGGUUAUGUAAUUGCCUGAUAAUCGUCAAGCCAAUUUUCCUGUUUUAUUGUGCUAACUCGUGACUGGACUAUCUCACCCAGUUCUCUUGUCCUUGAAACUCUUGAGAAGUGGACAGCAAUGUUCUGGAGUGCCACUGGCUCAUGAAUAUUCACAUGCUCAUUAAUGAGCAGUUGUCAUGGCGCGUAGUAACAUUAGGCCCCGCCCUCUCGCCUGCGUUAUAGAUAUUUCUGACAGUCUAUGGGUCGGACAUUCCCUACCAAAUAUAGUGGCAAACCUGUGUUCCUUUGUUGGCACGGAAAAAUCUGAGAAAUGUUACGCAACAAUGACUUAAUUAACUUCCGUAUUGGUAGCUACGAGAUCCGUCUGGCUGUCCCAUCGUGGGCAGAUAAUUCCAGUGACGACGAUCGUUGUACAUUCCAUGUCCUACGGGACGGCGUGAGGCUUGGAGAGGGACGUGGUUUCAGUCGAGGUGAACUCUUUCUCCUCCUGGACCUCUGUUACUUCUCUCUUUGCCACCCUACUGUUUAUUUCUCUUCACUGUGACAGGUCACAGACGAGGGGGGGGGGACGACAACAUGGGAUUAAAAAUCAUGUUCAGCUUUAUGAAAACAAAACAAUACGCUCACCACUUAGUUUGAUGAUAUUGUACAGGUGUUUUAGGUUAUAGCUCAUGGGGCUGGGGAAGGGGCUUUGCCUGUAGACUAAAGAUGUAGUGUGGAAUGAUUUGAUUUAAUGAGGUGAGGGGCUGUAUGAAGGGUACACGGUACCCACUUUAAUACCAGUGUGGUGGAACGUGUUGGACAAUAAUUCUGGCUUCAACUUUUGUAAUGCUAUGUUUUAAAUUGAACUAGAAUGAACACAACACACACCUCAACCUGACUAGAUAAUCAGAUUGCCAUGCAGAUGAAAAGGUAAGUCUAGGCCUGCAUUUUAGCAUCCAAGACCUCUCUACUUGACAACUGGACAUUUUUAAACUCUCACACUGUGUGAAGGGCAGUUUUGGGGCCGAGCUAUUGGUAGUCUCGUUGCUUUGCUUCAGUAACUGAAUAAAGAGUGAGGAGGCGGUUUGGCUUGAAGUGAAUGGAGUGUUCUUGGAGUUUGUAUGAAUUUGGAUUGCCUUGUACAGUAUCUGCAGUCAAUGCCUCUCAAAAGAAAAUUGCCUUGGCUACUUGGAGGCUUUGGUGUGUUUUACAGAUGGGGGAUGAACCAAGCCCACGUUGGCUGCCGCAGCUUUCCUUCGAAGUGAUGUGGAUUUGUUUUAGUUGCUUUAGGUAGAUUUAGGAGGGAGGUGAAUGACGGUGAUCGUUGAUUGGCGGGAAACAAAUCCAAAGUGGCCAAAGACAAGAUAAUGGUGUUUUCGUGUGACUGGAGUGAUGAUGGACCACAGUGGCAAGGCAUAGACAUGUACUGUACCAUGUUGUAGUCUGUAUUGGGUUGGAUGGGGCUAGGAGAGAGAGAGAGAGGGAGAGAUGCUGUUAACACAUACUACUAUACCCCCCCCCCCCAACCCUGAGAGAGGGGGUGCAAGGUAAGACUUUGAAUCUGCCAGGAGACCAAUAUGCUCCUCUGCUUUGGUAUCAUUCCUAAACUCUGCUGUAUCACAUCUCAUAUCAUCACCUUGUUCUCCUCCCCCAAUGUAUAUGGUCCUAUCAGUCCUAUGGCCAAGAGUCCUCAAACCUUCUUCCCCAAUUAUAGACUCCUAUGUCCUAUGCUUCUGAUGAAUCAAUCCUUCCCUGCUUUUGUAUGAUACUGGUAUAUAAAUCGCAUCAACCAAACACUGACCUAGCAUUCAGACCGAUGUUGUGCAUUCCAUCAAAAAAAAUGAUUUUGUUUUGAUAGCAUUUUUGUUAUUCCUAUUUUUUAACAUGCAUAUAUUGACAUUCUUUAAAAAAAGACUCCAGUUUUAAUUUAAAGACCUGAGAAAAGCAUAAUGUUGCCCUGUUACAGCACUUCGAAUUGUACUUAAACAUUCUACAGAUUCAAUAAAAUGUCAUUUUUACUCA